CAAACAACAUUUUUACUACUAAUUAGCCAAGUUAAGAGUGCUAAUUAAGUUUGAAAAAUGGCUAAGUUUGGUGCGUCUUCGAUUGCCCUUGUUCUUCUUACAUUGAACAUUCUUUUCUUCACUAUGGUUAGUUCCACUAAUGUCCCAUGCCCACCACCCCCACACUCCAAACCCCACCCCAAGCCCCACCCUACCCCUACCCCCUCCACCCCAUCAUCAAAGGGAAAGUGUCCAAAGGACACACUAAAGCUAAAAGUGUGUGCCAAUUUGUUGAAUGAUUUAGUGCACCUUGUUAUUGGAAGUAGCCCAGCCAAGACUGAAUGUUGCUCUCUAAUUGAAGGACUUGCUGACCUUGAUGCUGCUCUUUGCCUUUGCACUGCUCUUAAAGCCAAUGUGUUGGGAAUUCAUCUCAACGUUCCACUUUCCCUCAGCUUGUUGCUCAACAAUUGUGGCAAAUAUGCACCCAAGAAUUUCCAAUGCGCAUAAGCUUGGUCUUUUCGUCAUUUAGAAAUUUCCAUUUCAUUUUCCCUUCAGUAUUUUCAAAUUUUAAUUUGUGUGCUUAUUUGUCAUGAAAUUUAUUUUAUAUUCUAAUUCGUUAGAAUAUAAUGUAGAUAGUCAUAUUUGCCUUGUUUUAAUUUCUCUCUGUUUGUAUCCAUUUUGCAUUUGCAAACGAAAAAUAAUACAAGUAUUAUUUUUCUA